CGCCCACUGUCACCAGCAAUUCCACCCCAUUGUCUAGACGGCUCAGGAGCGGCAGCUGCAGGUUUCCUGAAGGUUGCGCGUCGGAUAUUUACGUCUGAAGGUUGAAUUGUUCUACCAUCCGUCACGUAAUUUAUGAAGGUUUCUCAACCUUCAGUAAUGCGCAGCCAUUCUAGAUCCCACUCAUGCUAGUGCCGCUAGAUUCUAGUCUCUCACCCGUCGAUCAGCCAGUAAUUCGUCAACUGAUCAACUGUUGACACGUCAGCAUGGCUCCGUGGUACAAGGAGAACACGAGCGUCAAGCUAUUCGGCGUCAACAUCAAUCUAGGCGACCUGACCGCUCUCCCGCUAGCCGUCGGCUACGCUCUGUGCUCCAGCCUCCUCGCUAUAAUCAACAAAUUCGCCAUCGGCGUGUUCCCUUACCCGAGCCUCCUAACCUCUCUCCAAUACCUCACCUGCGUCGUCGCCGUCAUCUCGUCAGGCCAAUUUAAACUCCUAGUCCACGAUCCGAUCCGAUGGGACAUGAUCAAGAAGUUCAUUCCGGCCGCUUUCGUCUUCUACAUGGCGAUUUUCACCAACACCUCGCUGCUUCGCUACGCCAACGUCGACACGUUCAUCAUCUUCCGCUCCUCCACGCCUCUCCUCGUCGCGUUCGCGGAUUAUCUAUUUCGGAAGCAGCCAUGGCCGGGGCCUUACACUCUCGGAUCGCUGGUUGUGAUUCUAGUGGGAGCAGUGGGCUACGUGUUCACAGACAGCCAGUACACCGUCCGAGCGUACACCUGGGCCUUCGCUUACCUCUUUACAAUCACAUUCGAGAUGGUGUACAUCAAGCAUAUAGUCACCAGCUUGGGUCUCAACACCUGGGGUUUCGUCCUCUACAACAACUUCCUCUCACUCCUCAUGGCUCCCGUUUUCUGGAUGAUCACGGGAGAAUUCCGGGAGACGAUUAAAGCCGCGAGCACGGCCACGUGGGAAUUCGGGAUCGUGUUCCCCGUGCUGCUGUCCUGUGCGUUCGGCCUCGCUAUAAGCUUCUUCGGUUUCGCCUGCAGAAAAGCGAUUUCAGCCACGGCGUUCACUGUUCUCGGUGUGACCAACAAGCUGCUGACUGUAGUGAUCAACGUCAUGAUAUGGGACAAGCACGCAUCCCCGUUUGGAGUGCUCUGCCUGUUCAUUACAAUCGUUGGCGGAGUGAUGUAUCAGCAAUCUACAGUGAAACAAAAUUUCCGAGGUGGUGGUGGAGGAGGAGGUUCGUCAAAAAGGGAGGAGCAGAGACCGCUGACGUCGCCCAAGGAUGUUGAAGCCCACAAGGAUCAUGAGGGAGAGGAAGGAGCUGAAACCACUGAUGAGCACCAAUAGCACUGCGAAGAGCUUAUUUAUCUUGCUGUGCCACAGCAUCUGGUUGCCUCUGACCAAACUUGUGCAGUCGACUGAAGUUAGUAGUAUCCCUGUUCUUUUGGAUGACGGUCGAAGUCAUUAAUAAUUUUGACGCUAUUCCAUCAAAAGUUGGGUGAUAAAGUGUCAAACAUGUG